AUGGUUUUCUAUCAACUCCAUUCGCCGGGCGACGUCCUGCCACGGCGACGCCGACGCCAACGGCCACGACGCUUGUUAGUCGCGCCCGGAGACGCAGCCUCAGCCUCCGCCGAGCCUUCAGGCGACAGGAAACGGCUGACAGAGAGAGAACGGCCCAGCACAUACGCACUGUUGACUUGGAGGAUCACCAGGGCUAUUUUGAACUCGGAUUUGAUUGGCGUAUGGAAAUUGUCACCCAAAAAACAGUUACCAGAAUACUGUGAAUACGAUUCGAUACUAUCGUGGCGUGUACUUUCAACAGAAGAAGAAGAUGAUGAUGAUGAUGAUGAUGAUGAUGAUGAUGAUGAUGAAGACUCAACCAAUGAGAGUGAUUCUGAUGAAGUUUAA